GUACGUAGUUUCGAGUCAUUUACAAAGAAAGAAAGAAUUCGUCAGAGUUUUUUCUCCAACAUUUGAAGCAGUGAAAAAAAAUUGCGUUUUGCGAUCUUGUGAUUAUUUUUGCGAGUGGAAUGAGAAAAUAAACAUUUAUCUAUUGAAUUCAAUUCCAAUUGCGAUUUAAUUUUUAUAGCAUUUUCGGCGGUCAAAGGAAACAAAUAAAAAAAUGGAUAGACAUUCACGUAGCCCAGAUCAAUCGGAUGGUAGACGUUACGGUCGACGCAGAAGACAUAGUCGUUCAAGAUCUAGAUCACGUGAGCGACGUAGACGAUACAGUCGUUCAAUGAGUAGAGAGAGAAAUUAUCGGCGAGGCGGUGGAAGCCCCGAUUAUCGUGACAAUUCCGAACAAUACGGUGAUAGGGAUAGGUACAAUAGACGCGACCGACGAGACAGAGAUCGGUACAAUUACCGGGGCAGAGCUUCGUCCGAAUCAAGCAACGAGAGUUACAACAAUGAGCAUGUCAACUAUCGCAACCAAACACCGAGCAACAAAAUAAUCGUGUUGGGCCUGGCCAAGCAUCUCACCGAGGCUGAUAUCAACGCGGAUCUCCACAUGUGCAACAUUCAUCCUCAGUCGAUUCGCCUCAUCCGCAAACGAAAGACAGGGGCUAGCCGCGGUUUUGCAUUCGUGGAGUUUAAUACGGAAGAAGAAGCAACUCGCUGGAUGGAAUAUAAACAGGGUAUACUCCUCAUCCAAGACCAGUAUCGAGCCAUCAUGCAAUACAGUGUGUCGAAUAAGGAUCCAGGCGGUCAUUCGGACAGAAUCCUAACCGAUUGGUACUGUGCAAAGUGUGGCGUCUUCAACUUCAAGCGUCGUGACAACUGCUUCAAAUGCAAUGCAUCGCGUGAGGAAAGCGAGAAAGGUGGCGAAGGAAGUGAUGAAGUUAGCAAUAUUUUGACUAAAAAAAUCAUGCUUCGCAAUUUGGAUGUUUUGACAAACGAGGAGGGAGUAUUGACUGCCAUGCAAGGUGUUAUACCGACACUGGUUUCCAAAAUAUCAAAGAUAUUAAUUUGUCGAGAUCCAUUGACUUCGACCUCACGCGGCAUUUGUUACUUGUUCUUCGAUAAUCUCGUCGAUUCCAUGAAUACACACAAUGCGCUGAAGUCGGUAGAGCCACCGUUGAACAUUGACAACCGAGAGAUUAUCAUCACGUACUGUGUUGACUCGGAAAAUCGGCAAAUCAGUGCCCGCUACAACAAUGGCAAAUCACAUCAGGAAUAUCAGGAUGGAAUGCAAAGUGGAAAGUCAAGUGGCCAGUACACUCUGGCCGAUGUGCCACGUUUAGCCGAAUACAGUGCAUCGGUGUAUGCGAAAAAUGCCACGGAACAGGAAUACUAUUACAAGUACUACACGGACUAUUACACGGAGCAAAUAAACAGCGGUCAAUACAGUAAUAUACCGUCGAUGAGCCAAAUCGGAGAGACAGCUAACUCUGGAGCGGCUGUUGCUCUGUCAGCCAUUCAACGAAAACAACACAAACAAUACGAGAAAAUUUCUCAAGCUCAAUCAGUUGCUGCUGUGGCCGCCACACCAUUACAGAUACCAAAUGGACAGGAUAAUCGGAAAUAUGCAACUCCCGACACAACUCAGUAUCAAUACGAUGAUACGUCAGGUUACUACUAUGACCCAACCACUGGGCUGUACUACGAUCCCAAUUCACAAUACUAUUACAACAGCGAAAUCGCCUCGUAUUUAUACUAUGACCCCGAGAAGUGUACCUAUUUGCUGGCGUCACAAACGGACACAGCUACAUCGAGUGGUACGGCUGGUACAACGUCAAUGUCAGCCUAUUAUGGUGAUAAAAGUGGUGCAAGCACUGCACCACCUGCAAAUGGUUCGAGUGCUCAACCUUCCGAUGCUUAUGAAGACAAUAACAAAGACAACGAGAGUAAGAAGAAUGAUCCAAGGCAAGAUAAGGUGAAAGUAGCCAAGAAGAUUGUCAAAGAUAUGGAACGAUGGGCAAAACAAUUAAACCAAAAGAAAGACUACGCAUUUCAACCCAUGCAGCAACAGCCAGUUGUCGAGGAACCGAUCCAACCAUCGAGUAGUCGACAGCAACCGCUGCAGCGGAUGACAUCAAACGGUUAUGCUGAUGUCGGUUUCACAAUUAUGGAAAAUCGUGAAACACGCCUCAAACCUAGCCUAGAUAUCAAUGCAAGCAAAACAUUGAAUAAACUCUUGCCGUACACUUCUGAUUCGGACAACGAUAUCGAUCAAAGUGCACCAAAUUUCGGUGGUGGUGCUGGCGGUCUUAGUGAAAAAGAUUUGGUUGAUUUUGAUAAAUUAACCUGUUUGUUGUGUAAACGUGCAUUCCAAUCCCUUGAUAUACUUAACAAACACAUAAAAAUGUCCAAUUUGCACAAGGAAAACCUGCAGAAGCUAAAUUUGAACACACAAAAUGAGAGCUCAAGUGGAAAUGGCAUGGCAUACCGGGAUCGGGCCAAAGAAAGGCGACUGAAAUACGGAGAAGUCGAUCCACCACCACCGAACCGAAGUCGCGAACGCUUUGAAAAGGAGAUGAAAAAGCAAUCGGUUCAUAUACAAAAACAAGCCAGCUCCAAUUUAGCUCAUGUUCCUAUCGAUCAGUCGAAUCUUGGCAAUAGAUUGCUCCAGAAAAUGGGCUGGAAGGAUGGACAAGGAUUGGGCAAAAGUAACCAAGGAAGAACGAAUAUUAUUGAAGCUGAGAGUCGAGCACCCACAGCUGGAUUGGGCUCAAAGACAACAGCAUUUGUGCCUGGGGACGAUUAUCGAACCUACAUUAAACGGAUGAUGAAAAGUAGAUACAAUCAAAGUGACUAAAAUUGCAUCGUUCCCAUUCGAUUUAGAUUUGGAUUUAUUUAAUUACUCAUUACGCAAAUUAAAGUCUUAAGUAAAAUGAAAAAAAAAAUUGCAAGUUUUAUGUUGGCCGAAUUUGCUUAUUUUCCAAAUGGUCAGUGGUUUUUAUUAGCAAGCAUUUUUUGUGCGGACGUAAUAAAAUAAUUGAAUUGUAUGAAAAUGUGGAA